GUCAAAGCGCCAACGUUACUUAACACGAUUCCACAUUCGUCAGAUACCAUCUUUUGGUAUCCACAUUUUAAAAUCUUGCAUCAUGGGUGCUUUAGGAAGGUUACAUAUCCAUACAUUUAUUAUGGAUACAGGUAACACAUUUCGAGUAGGCUUACUACGAAAACACCGCGACAGUUAUGUGCAUUAGAUGCAAAACUGGGGAGGAAGGGCGCAGUCGCCUGGGGACGGUCCUCGUGGUUUUCAACCUGUCCAUGGCCCUUUUCGGGGUGAUUCUCAUUAUUGUUGGAACCUGCAUCAAAUCCCAACUCCAGGAGAAGAUCAUACUUCUGCACGACUACAGCCCGGGAAUUCUGCCACACUUCCUCAUCUCCAUCGGGUGCCUACUGGCCGUUUUCCACGUCUUGGCCGCCAAGAUCGCUACAGACAGCGGUGACGCCGAAACCAGCGCUCGCUUCAGGAACAUCCUUCUCUGUUACAUGAUGACUCUCGCGGUCCUCAGCGUGGUGGUAAUGGCGGGUGGAAUCGUCUGCUUGGUGGCUCGACCGAAGAUCAUCGCCGCACUGGAUGCUGGACUGCUGAAUGCGAUGAAACUGUACCAGAGCGACCCCAUCGUCAAGACGAUGAUCGACAGACUGCAGUCGCGCUUCAUGUGCUGCGGUAGCCAGACGUACGAAGACUGGUUCAAGACCAGCUGGGUCAACGUUGACUACGUUAACAUCGACGAUGAUGAGGUUAUGAAGUACAUACGUCAUGGCAACUUCUUCAAGGAUGACGUGCCGUGGAGCUGCUGUGACGCCUCCAUUCCUCGACCCUGCAUCCACCACGCGGUCACCAACAAGACGGCACAUCGCCAUUACGGCCGAGUCACACUCCACAAGCAUGGCUGCGCGCACACGCUGGGAUCCUUCAUUUCUUACACGGUCUUCAUCCCUAUUGGCAACGCCAUCUUUGUAUCGUUUGGAUUCGAGAUUCUGAUCAUUAUAAUCUUCCGCCAUCUUCAAACAUCUGUGCAGAACGCGUUCGACGACGGGGACCCAGAAGGAAAUGGUGACGCCUACUGCAUGCCGGGAUGUCCUUGCACAGCGCUGGAAACGGCACAGGUGGCAAAAUCAUACAGGAAAGACAAGGACGAAGACGAAGAGCAGAAAGACAAAGAGAAGAAAGACAAAGAGAAAAAGAGUGAUGAAAAGAAGAAGAAGAAGAAGAAAGAUUCCGAUUCAAGUGCUAGUUCCAGUGCCGAUUCUGAAGCCGACUCUGAAAGUGAAGAAACCAGUGUCAGUGAGAAUGACAGUGACGAAGAAAAGGUAGUCAAAAAGGCGGAGAGAGAAGAUGAUGGAGGAGGAGGAAAUGUUCAGGAAGCCCCGCCUCCUCCACCGGCAGAAGGUGGGGGAGGGGAAGGUGGAGGGGGAGGUGCGGGAGAAGGAGAAGGAGAAGAAGGCGAUGAAGGAGGAGGGGGAGGAGAGGUAGAAAAAAAAGAUAAAAAACAAAUGAAGAAGAAGGACAAGAAUAAGAAGAAGAAAAAAGUUGUGUUUUGA